CUUAAACCGAGCUGGGUGCACUCAGAGUCUUCAGUUCAAGACGCGACUUCGAACGAAGCGGUUGUGACGUUCCGGGCGAAUUGCGAACCCUCAGAUACAAGAUACAAACUUGGACGCUUUUUAUAGGCGCGCUUCAUUCGAAAAGGACUGUGAAAUGAUGUGCUAAAGUGUUGAUGGCAUGUCUAUAUAGUAUCAAAGCAAAUAAUUUAUGCGAACCAAUUUGGUUGGUGGCAGUGUGCGUUUGCUCUUGACUUUGUUUUCAAGCCAAUGCAAUUGCAUUAGCAAUCUGAGCUUGAUGCACUCUGAGUGCUGCUGACAUUUGAUCUUUGCAAAGAUCACAUCGCAUUGAAUCACCAACUCGCAUCGGAUGUGUGAAGAGGUCCGCGACCAUAUGGAAUAUAUUUCAGCACACCACCUACGGCGACAAUUAGUUUGUACAAUUUAAGAUACUCCGUCAACUGAAGACGCGGGCGAAGUUUUAAGCUCUCCAUCGUGAGAUCCCUCCCCUCCCAAACAAUCCCCGGACCCACAGAGAGCAAUCGGCGAAAUGUUGGCACAAACGCAAAUUACCCCAACGCCUUGGCGACUUUUGACCCUGGCUUUGUUCUGCUCAGCUUUAUUUUUGGCCAGUGAGGCUCAAAAUGCCAUCCCAAAAACGAAUCCUGCCUCGCAGCUGAUGCAGAAGACAUCAUUCUCCUGCGCCGGACGUCCAGCGGGAUAUUAUGCGGAUGUGGAGACGGGCUGCCAGGUGUACCACAUGUGCGAUGGCCUGGGUCGCCAGUUCAGCUACACCUGUCCCAACACGACACUCUUCCAGCAGCGAAUGCUAAUCUGCGAUCACUGGUACAUGGUGAACUGCUCCAAGGCAGAGAGCAACUAUGCCGCCAAUCUCCUAAUUGGUCAGCGGGACAAGCCCUUCGUAAACGAUGAGGAAAACAGCUUGCGCACUCCUAGACCUGAUCUUCUCGAUCGUCCUUAUGCGCCCGACUAUUCCGGAGAGUCCUUCAGAAGCCAAUAUAAGUUCCCUUCCAACCAGAAUCAGAUACGCGAUGAAUCCGUCAAGGGAGCCGGUGCGGGUAAAUCGGAUCCUCAGAUAUCGCAGACGCGUUGGCGCAUUCCACCACCCAGCCGGACGAUCCUUCCACCGGCUUAUGAACCGCAAAUCGAACUGUCCAGUGCCCAAGCGGCCAAGCCUAGGAUACCCAUUGUCACUAGCACCACCACGACCACUAGAGCGACCACCACCAGCCGACCAACAACCACAACUCGUGCCCCCACCACAACAACCACCACUCGAAGACCUCCGGUAAGCGCCAGGCGAACGGAGGCCUUGCACAACAGGCGACCCAGUCUUCAGGAGCAUGAUAUGGACGACUUGGGCACCAGCCACAGCACACGGUACAACACCUCGGCAGACUUCAACUCGGCGGAGUCGCCACUCCGUGAAACAAAACAGUCCAGCACCAAGCUAACCAAGUUCAUCAAGCCGCCCUCAAAGAUCUACGAGCCGCCCUUCGUGUAUCCCAUCCACAAUCUAGAGGAGACCCAGGCCCAGAACGCGGAAGUCUCCACCACACUGCGCACAUCAACGGCGGCUCCUUUUAGUCCUGUUCCAAGUCGUAAGGAGGUCAGCACCACAACUCCACGCCCACUAAGUCGACCAACGACCUUGGCUGGCGUACCCUUCUCCUUUACCACACACCCAACUACGGUUACUACGGUUGGAGUACCGCCACGUAGCGAUAAUCGGACGCCAGCUCCGGCCCAGAGCUUCCGCCUGGCCACGCCCACCAGCACUGCAGCACCACCAUCGCGCCCGGCACAGAUGCCCUUCAACGAUUUGCUGCCGCCGUUCGUAGACUUUGUGCCCCACGAUAUAGCAACCACCCAGGGACCGCCUAUCUACUACGAAUGGAAGGUGCCCUCGAACGGUCUUGAGCCUCCCAAAUUGGACCCACCCAUUGGUGUGGAUGGACGUGAAUAUCCCGAGACCACCGGAGAUUACGGGGUCACCAGCAAGCAGAAUAUAUUCAACACUCGACUGAACGAUAUCGGAAGCCAGCAAAAAAAGCCAGUCCAGAUUACUUCGCCUCUCCAGCAGUCGAGCACCACCCACCGGUUGGCCAUCUCGAGAUCCAUUAAGCCCAAAGAGGAAGAGAAACUGCAGUCGGAGCCGGCACAGCGGCGAUCCGAUGUGGUGGCCAGCUCCACCGAUAUAAGCCAUUUGCGCAAGCAACUGCUCAUUCCGGAGUACGCCUUCCCGCUGGAAACCAUUGGGCGCACGGGCUAUGGUCCUGGCGCAGGAGAAGCGGUUGGGAGCUCCAGCUCCAGCAGCGGGGAUCUGUACAACUCGUUCCAGCUCAAGAUCCCCGAGCAGCGCACCAAGUGGUUCGGAGAGAACCCCAAGUGCCCGGAGUGCCAUCCUUCGUUCGUCCUGCCGGGCACCUGCGAGCCCUGCCUGCGCAGAUAGUCCUGCCCCCAUUUCCAUUCCCGUGUCCGUCCGUCCCAUCGUCCAUUAUCCGCAACCGCAUCCGCAUUCGCAUCUGCUACUAGCCCUAGUAUUAGCCUCCGCUGAGAAGUCCCGGAGUGAAGCAUCCACGCAUUUAAGUGUUAAUGUUAUUGUAUAUCCGCAGAUUAAUUAUUAAACUACACAAAUAUGUUUGUGAA